GGGAUUUUUUUCUCCUGACAAGUUAAAAUGGACAAAAAACAGAGCCAAGUUAGAAUCUGUUUGUGGUGCUUGUUCUUGUUGGAUUAUCGAAUGACCAGAGAUGUAUUAUCUUUUGUUUGUUGUGGCGUUCCUCCAGUUCUCUGAUGUGGGUGGAAUCCAAACAACUAAGAACUACUGGACACUCAAACCAAAUGUGAUUGUGGUGGAUGUGGAUGUAGCUAAAGAUAUGGACAUAGUGGAAGUGCCUCUGAUCUGUGGUGAAGAGUUCGAGGGAACCAAUGUUACCUGGACGAAAAACCAAGGGGAGCAUCUGGAGGCUUUUGGAAACAGGAUUAUAGUCACAGUAGAUGGGUGGAAGGGGGCCAACUAUUCCUGUUACAACAGCGAAGGCACCAUCCUUAAUAACACACUGGUGCUGGCUCAGUGGACAUUUAGGAAAAUUAUAAGGGACACCCCUGAGAAAGGUUACAUCCAUUGUUCAUCAAAAAACUACAGUGGAUCCUUUCAAUGUUCCUGGACAUGGGGUAAAAACAGGAACGGCCACGUUGCUGUUGUUGCUCAUAUCAAAGCUACGCGCUCUCAAAGUGGAAACCAGAUCAGCUGCAGUCUGGAUUCCAGUGGACAAAGUAUAACAUGCUUGGACCAACACUACUGUCCUUAUGCAGAGGAGGUUGAUCUCAUCAACCUGACCAUCUAUUUCAGAAGCAGCUAUGUUAUAGAAGCCUACCACAAACAGUUCCACAUUAUGGAUAUCGUGAGGCCUGAUACAGUGGAUAUUAAAAGGAUAAAUCAAACUUCUGUCAAACUAGAGUAUCCCCACUCCUGGAACACACCAUCCUCCUACUUUCCUCUCAUCUUCCAAGUGAAAGAGAUACGCUGUCGGAAACGCAGAAAAUGUGACUGUUCGAAACCGAGCUCAGCUGAGACUUACUCCACACAAAGUCACCAUCUGUCAGUGACUAAAGGAAUGACAGUGUGCGCGAGAGCACAAGAUCAAUUCUGUAAUUCCUCUUGGAGUGAGUGGAGCCACUACAAAUGCAAUGCCCGGAAAAAUAGACAGAGGAAACGAGAACAAAAGUUAAAUGAGAUGUCCUUAUAAUUGUUAUUCUUUAAGACCAUAAAAGACCAUCAAAUUCUAUUGUGG